AUGUGUGAAGAGUAUUAAUAUGCUUAAAUAAAUACACAAAACUAAUAGUAAUGUGUGGCUUUAUGCGAUAACUUAUAAAUUGGACUAGAGGGUACUAUAAACAAAUGCCAAAACUCUUACUAUUGCUCUAGUCAAUUCCUUUAGCAAACUAAUCUAUCAAGAGGAGAGAACAUUUAGAAUGUUAUUUAAGCUACGAACGGUUAAUUGCUAGUCAUUUAUACCACUUUUGCUAACUUGAUAAACUCAACAAAUGCCUCAUUCAUUAGAAGUUACUUAUUUGAUUCAAAUAUUAUCUUAGUUCAAGCUGUAAAUAAUCAGGUCUACUUAUUUAGUUCUAACAAUACUGUUUUCGCUUGGGAUUUAGAUUUAAAUGAGCAAUCUUUUAUCACUAAUAUUUAAUUAGGAUAAAUUGAUAUGAGAAGUAAAAUGAUCCAAGUUGAAAACAAUGUUAACAGGACUAUGAUGGCAGUUUUUUUUGUGCAGAAAAGCCAAAUUGUUUUAACUGAUCUUACUUACUAGAGCAGAUAACAGCUUUUAAUCUCUUACAUUCAAUCAGCUUUUAUCCUUGAUAACUACAUUUUAUUGAUAAAUGAGCUAAAUCAAAUAUUAAUAGUCAGUAUUAUAGAAGAUAUCAAUUAUCAGAUAAUUUAAAAUUAUAUAAAUCAAAGCUAUUUAUCUUGCUCAAAUGCAGGAAAGUCUCCCAAAAAAAUGGUAAAAGCUAGUCAAAACAACUCAUUCUACUUGAUAUUCAACGACAAUAACGGAAUUAAUGUCAUUUAACAGUCUAAUUCUACUUGUAUAGUAGUUUAGCCUUUUUUAGCUGUAUAGCAACUCAAUUUGCUAUAAAUUUAAACAACUUCUACAAAAAAUUUAAAUCUAAUUAUGGGUUUAUAUCAAAAUAAUCUUUUUGAAAUUUACGAAAGCGAAAAUCAAAAAGUGGUUCAUAGCAUUCAAUUAAAUGAUAUUUGUAUUGAUUUCUAUUUAAUUUAAACGAAUCAAACCUCUUCAUUAACUUUUGUUUUAAAAAACAAUGUGAUUGACAUAUAUUUAGUUGCAUUCAAUAUAUAAUCAGAUUCUAUCAGUUUUAACUAUAUUAAAUCAUUCCCCGUUUAAAUUAAUAAUCCUCUCUAAUUAUUAGGGAUCUCAACUCCUUAGAAAACAUUAUAAAAUAGGCCUCUUCUUUGUAUUGUUUCUUAAGAUAUACAAGUGAUUGACAUAACUGAAAGCUAGGUCAUUGGACUCGCCAUUAAUUUCUAAGAAAAGAUAAACUAUAAUAAGAAUACAAUAUCGAGUAUCGCAUACAAUGACCAAUCAAACAUGAUUCUGAGCUGUUCUAUUGACGGAAGAGUAAUUGCAUGGCAAGCAAGCAACCCUUUAAGACCUUCUUUUUUAUAUAAACUAGAAUAUACUCCACAACCAUGCAUAAGUGUAUUAACAAAUUUAUAAAUUGGAGCUGUUUUAUUCUAGAAUACUAUUGCUAUUUUUAAUAUUUUUAAUCCAUUACUUAAGAGAGAAAUUGACAUAAAAACUUAAAAUUAUACAUCAAUAAUUUAUUCAUCAAAUUUUAUAUACUGCAUCUAUGAUUAAUAGAUAUCUAUCCUUUAAGAUCAAACUGAAAUACUAGCUUCUAUUUCAGGAAUAGAUAGCAUUAAAUAAACAUAUGUGAGUAACCAAGAUUAAAUAUAUCUAAUAUUCAAAAAUAAUUCAAUAAUUAUCUACGAAUUUAUUAGUUCUUCAAAAAAAAUAAUCAUAAAACAAAAUAUAUAGCCAUACUAAUAAUUAAAUCAAAUAGUUUUCUCCUCUUUUUUUAAUCUAUCUACAUAAGGAAUAUAUUUGAUGAUUUAAGAUUCGUUAAAGAGCCUAAUUAUCCUCAACGAACAACUAAACUUAGCUUUCAACAACUUAAAUUUAAUAGGUAAUAUUGUAGGAGUUUAUAUGUAUGAUUAAACUACGUUUUUCUUACUUUUAAACUAGAAAAUUAACUCAACUUAUCCAUUUACUAUACAAUACUUGGAUUUAUCUAGCAAUGCUUAAAUUUAAACAAUUGAUAAUUUUGCAAAUGUUUAAAAAGUAUCUUUCGUCAGAAAAACUAUUUAAAAUAAUUUUUAGCUAUUUAGAAUUUCAACUAUUUAGCUAAUAAAUUAAAUUUCUACUUCAAUGGAAUUAAUAUGGAAUGUAACAAGCGGAACAUAUACGUAAGAGAGACUAAUUUAUACUUAAAAUUAAAUGCUUAACUAAGAACUUUUAAACUAACAGUCAACGAUCAGUUUUUUAGGAUCUCAAACAGGUUUUGUAGGAACAGCUUGUUCAAGCAAAAAUAAUCCAAUUUAAGGCAUAUUCAACUUAACUUAAUAUACAUAAAGUAGUGUUGAUGCUAUUCAACAAAUUAAAAACAGCUUUAGACUUGGUAUUUUUUAUGUGAUUGCUUAAACAGACAUUUACAGAUUAAAUGCAUUUACAUAUUAAUUUAUUGAUAUUAUUUCAUUUAAUAAGCAAUCUUAAAUCCCAGUAAAGAAUGAGAUAAUUUAAUAAAUUGGAAUAUCUGAUAACUUAGGUAUAUCAAUUGCUUAUAAUAGUUAAUAAAUAAUAGUGAGAGAUGAAAUAAAUAAUCAAAUAUACUAAAUGCAACUAUUAAAUCCAAACUCUUAAUUAAAAUCUAUUCAAAACUAUUACAUAGAUGAGUCAACAUCUAAAAUAUAUUUGUAUGGAAACAUAAUUAUACAAACAGAUCUAAAUCUACAAUAAAUUGUUGUGCAAUCUCCUUAAUCUCAUUCUAAUUUUUAGUAGUGUAGCUUUUAAGAAAAUAUUGUAAUUUGCCAGUUUAACUAAAACCAAAUAGCUAUCUACAAUAAAGUUAGUCCCUUUACAAUAGUCAAUGUUAUUUCACCAUCAUUAAAUAAUUUUAGUUUAUCAGUGGAUACUAAUUAUUCUAACAUUUAUGUUUAUUCUUCGAAUAUUGAGAUAUACAAUUUCUAAGGAGCCUAUGUUAAUAGUAUAAAAUCAAUUGGAUCUUCUAUUUUUUAGUUCGACUUAUGUGGAAAUUACAUAUUAGCAUACACAAAUUUAGCUGGCUAUGUUAUUUAGAGGGAUAAUUUUAUAAUAAAUAAUACAUUUGUACCUUCAGGAGCUAUUUUAACUAAAGGUUUUUACUUUGAAGAUAUAUAACUAAUUGCUUAUCUGACAAAUGAAAUAAGGUACGGUUAAGUCAAAUUUUAUGAUCUUAAAACUCAAUAGUCCCUAGGCAGCGUUUUAAAUUAGUAUAACAAUAAUGGGGUAGGUAUUCCUAUUAGUGUAUCGUUUGAUGCAGAAACAGGUGCUAUACAUUAUGUUGACAAUUAUGGUAACAGCUAAAUAGCGUUAUAUGGACCUUAAAUAGUAACUACAAAUAUGAUAGGUAUACCACAACUAUAACAACAAAGUAUCUCUGUACCUAUUGGAUACAUUACAGAUUUUAAUUAUAAUCAAGAGUUUAUCUUUAACUAAAAUAUCAUUUGGACAUUUAGCUAUAACAUCUUGACUAAAAGCUAUCAACAGCUAAAUUAAAAAACUAAACAAUUUUAUUUAAUUAACCCAAUUGACAAUAUAAAUAACUCAAUUUCUUUGUUGGUUUGUGACAAUAAUAACAAUAUUUUCUUUUACUAAGACUAUGUUCUGACAUUCUAAUAGAAUCUAAACAAUCAAGUUUUAGACAUGAGAAGAUUCAUUCAAAAGAGUGUAACAAUUACUUUUGUAGUUUAUCCUAACAGCAUACAAGUAUUUUUAGGCUAAAUUUAGAGCUUAUCUGUAGUCGAAAAUUCCAAUAACUUUUAUCUAAUUCCUAAUUUUUAAUUUAAGCAAAUUGUUUUAAUCUAAGAAAAUAUUGUUUUAAUCUAAACAAUCUCAAAUUAAAUUUUAGACUAUGAUUUUACUUCUAAUUAAAUUUUAUACAAAAUACAACUCUCUUAAAAUGAUUUUAUAGUUUCUUCUUCUGUGAUUGAAGAUUCAAGCACAUUUGUUUUCCUAACUUUAAAUUCAGGUGGAGCAAUUAGAUAUGAUUUAGACAAUAAAAUUCAUAGUGUUCUCACAUUUAUUGACUAAAAUAAUUAGUAAAAUAUUGGCAUUUCAACAUUUUAUUCAGCUUAAAACGAAGUAGCUUUUACAAUGCAAGAUGGUAGUAUUAUUUAAAUGGAGAUUGAUAGUCUAUAAAUCAAGUAGCAAUAAAUACUAAAUUAUAACGCAUAAUAAAUAAAGAGCCAGAUCUAAGAUAUUAAAUGCAUUCAAAAUACAAUUUUAUUGAUUUAGAAUGGAAGAUAUUUUAUAAGCAUAUCUGAAGAAAAGAAAAUGGGUGUUUUUAAUCAAAAUGGGAAUAAUUUUGUAAAGUUUUUAUCUUUUCCUGAUGAAUAUAACAAAUAGUCAUUGUUUACUUCAAGAUACCUAAUUUUAUAUUGCUCUUUUUAGUUAAAUAUUUACUUAUCUAGCACAUUAUAGUUCAUAAGUUCAUUUAGAAAAUCAAAUUUGGUACAUCAAAUAACUUAAAUUUUAGAAUUAUAGCCUAAUGUUCUUCUCGUUAUCUAUACCAUAGGAAUUGAAACAAUCAUAAUAAACGAGCAGCUAUUUUCUUCUAAAUCAAUCAAUUUUGUGUAAUUAUAGAUGCCUUAAAUUAUUAAAACAAACCUUAACAAAUCUUUAAAUAUGAUUUAAAUUGUUGCUUUAACAUCUUCAGGAGUAUUUGAUGAGAGAAUUAGCAUCGAUUACUUGGAUGGAAUUUUAAAAAGCUAAACAAGUGCAGGACCUUUAUAGGGUAAUGAAUAUGUUUAGAAUUGCUACUAGGAGAUAGAAUAUAAGAGUAGUUACUAUGCUAAUAAUAUAUUUGAUAAUAUAUAAAGAUUUAACUACAAUCACCCUGUUUCGUAUCAAAUAUCGCUCAACGUUGUGAAUACACUUUUAUCAACAUCGUUCUUAAAUUAGCGAAAUGUAUUUUUCUCAUUGUAACCAAGCAAAGAAGGAAGUAAUAAUUACAACUUAACUUCUCAAUCGUUUAUGAAUAUUGGAUAAAACCUACAAAUAAAGGAUUUUAACUUGUUUUUCUUAGAGUAGCAAUAAUAAAUUUUAUUCAAUAAACAAACCUAAAAUGUAACAUUCCAAUCUUUAAAAAUAUAAAAUUAACAAAUUUUAUAUAAUACUUCCAUUUGCUUUAAUAAUUUGAAUAUUGUAUAAAUUGUCAAUCUUAACAUCGCAAAUGUCAACUUAAGUGAUGUCUCAACUGCUUCUACAAACAGAAGAAAUUUAGAAGGAAAUAGUAAUAAUUAAUAGGAUACAGCUUUGUUUAUUUUUGAGAAUUGUGAAUAUGUUUUAAUUGAUACUUUAACUGUAUCAAAUUUGAUUUUGGAAAGCAAUAUUUUCAAACUAAUAAUUGCAAAAAAUAUAUAGAAGAUGAUCAUAAAAAAUAUAAAUAUUUAAAAUAGUAAGUUCAACUCUGAUGCUAUGAUUUUUGAUCAAAUAAAUAAUCUUUCUAUCAGCAACUUGUAAGUCUUUAGCACAUCUCAAUACACUCAAUAAUAGAGUUAUAUUUAUAUUUUAAUUAUUUAAGGUAUUUAAGAAAUAAUAAUUAGUUAAUAUAAUUUUUAAAAUAACACUCAAGUUUCAGCAUUAUACUCAAUAAACUAGUUUAUUCAAUAAAAUUAUAUGUAAUAAUUGAUAAAUGAUAACUUUUACAUGGAAAAUAGUGUGUUUAACAAUAAUAAAUAUUCUAGCUUAUAAAAUCAAGACACUCAAAUUAAUUUACUAUUUUUGCAAAAUUCAAAUAUCGCAUUUUAAGGAAUAGAAUUUCUAAACAACCAAGGAACAAUUUAGAUUAAAAAUUCCGGAAAUGUAACUAUAGAAACUAGCUUUUUCGAAAACAAUGUAGGUGUAACAGGUUCUUCUCUUUUCAUUGAUACAGUUUUAUCUGCUGUUAUUUAGUAUUCUUCUUUUAAAAAUAAUUUUGCUUCAUCUUUGGGUGGAGCAAUUUACUGUAUAGAAGUAGCAAAUUUUAAUAUCGAUAAAAGGACUCUAUUUAUUAAUAAUACAGCUUUAAUAGGAGGAGCUAUAAAAAUUUCAAUAUAAUAAUCUUCAUCAUUAGAUAGUAUUACAAAUUUGCAAAAUAUAUAAGCCCAAUUUUUAAAUAAUAUUGGAACAAUUUAUGGGAAUAACAUUGGAACUUAUCCUAAGUAUUUUGAAGUUACAUAGAAUUAUAACGAGACUCAGUAUUCUAAUUAUCAAGAAUUAUACAUAGGUGAAUUAACAUAAAAUAGCACUUAAAUGAACUAAAAUAUACUCAAAAUCAAUUAAAUACAAAGUGGUGCAAAUUUGUAUUUAAAUAUUAUUUUAUUUGAUUAAUAACAUCAAAUAUUGAAAUUUAAUUAAACAAAAUUAAUAAAUGGUGAAUAUCCUCAACAAAUAAUGGACGAAGUGCAGAAUUAUCAAUUUUCUAUUGAGGAUGAAACAACUCAAAAUAAUUAACUUGAAAUAAAAGGCUAGUAGUAUAUCUCAUACAAAGAGUACGAGGUAAAAUCAGGUGGUUUUACUUUUGACAAUCUAAUUCUAGCUAGUAGUCCAAAUAAUGUCAUAACAACUCCUAUUUUAACUAUUUCAUUCAGUAGCUGGAGUUAUCAAACUAAUAUCUAAUUGGAACUCUCUUUUAGAAGUUGUAAGCAAGGAGAAGUUAUUUAGUAAAUAUCUGCUUUUAUUUUUUAUUGCAAGGAGUGUUAACCUGGAACUUAUUCGUUAUAGGAUCCAUCUAAUUUUAGUUUAGCUUAAUAUCAAACAACUAAAAAUGAUAUUUAAAUUGCUUGCAAAAAAUGUCCGAUCGGAGCUCUUUCAUGCCAUAGCAAUAAAAUAAUUUUGGGCUUAGGGUAUUGGAGAAAAAACAGCUAGAGCGAUGUAAUUGUCGAGUGUAUUAGCUUGUCAGAUAGAUGCGAUCCUUAGAAUCCAAAAAGCAUAUAAGGCUGUAAAGAAGGAUACAUUGGACCUAUUUGCUAAACAUGUGAUACAUAUGGGAAUAUCUGGAGAGAUAAAGUAUAUGUUAUGACUAUUAAUCCAACUGUAUGUCAGCUAUGCAGCUAAUAGGGAUAUUAAAUUGCUUAUAUUGUUUUGAUCCUAGCAUUCAUCUUAAUAUACAUCAAUAUAUCAGUAGUGAUGUUUAUGAAUAGUUACGUCUAUAACUCUAUCACAACAUAUCUUAGAUAUAUGUCUAUUUUACCUUUCUCUAACAGCUGUAUUUAAGACUAAAGCACAUUUAUCAUCAAGUAGCUCAUUAAUUAUCUUCAGCUCUCAUCGAUUCUAUACUAAAUUGAUUUCAACAUUUUGCCAACUUUUAUAUCUCUUGCUCCUGGAUUUGCUGGAUAACCAGUGGGGAAAAUAAUUAUUAGCAGUGGAUGCAUCUACAAGAAUCUAUCUGAAACUCUUAGAAUCCACUAAGAAAUAAAAAUGAGAAGUUUACUUUACUUUGGGAUUCCUCUCAUGUUUUUUAUUGUUUUAUUCAUAGAAUUUUAUCUACUUAAAAUUUUUAGAAUUUUAAAAGUGUUGAAGUAUUAUCAAUUUGUCAUGAUUAAUAUAGUAUUCUUCUUUUUUUAACCUGACGCAAUCCAAUUCUUUACAAGUACAUUUUCUUGUAAAUAAAUUGGAGAAGAAAGUUACUUACUUCAGAGCUUGGUUAUUAUGUGCAAUGACUCUGAAUUUACUCUUUUUAGAUCAUAUUUAAUCCUUCCAGCUUUGAUGAUUUGGGUUUUUUUCCCUCUGCUUGUUCUUUUGUUAUUCAUUUAUAAACUAAAAAGAAACCAGAAACUCUUCUUUUGCACUAUGAAAUUUAGAUUUGGAUACUAUUUUCUCGAAUAUAAGGAAAAAUAUUUCUAUUGGGAAUUCAUUAGGAUAUACUAUAAAAUAGCAAUAGUAUUAACUUCAGCCCUAUUAGUACAAUCUCAGAUAAUCCAGCAAUGUCUUUCUAUCAUAAUCAUUACCCUUUAUAUAUCUUCUAUUCAUGCCUAUACUCCAUUCUAGAGCCUUUAGCAAAAGAAUCAUGAAACAGCAUCUUAAUUUAUAUUAAUGCUUAAUUUAUUUUUUAACAUAUUGCAAGCAUAAUAUUAGCAUUGGAUAUUUACUUUUAUUAUGUCAUUCAUACACUACGGCUUUAUAUUAUAUUUUAUUUAUUUAAUUUUUAAAAUCAAAAUAAUGAAAUACAAGAAAAAAAUAAUCAAAAUCAUUUCAUUCUUUUACAAAAUGAAAGAAUCUAAAACAUAAAUUAGCAAACUUGUAAUCUUAAGUUAUUGGAAAAUGAUCAAAUUUCAUCUGGCAGAUUUUAGAGGAAAAAAUGUUAUUGAAUAAAUUUCAUCAACUAAUCGCAAAUUAUUUGAUCAUGAAUCUACAAACAGAAACGAUUUAUCUCCGUAAAAUAGUUCUCAUAGCUCAUCACCAAAAAGCUUAAUAAGUGAAAGAUACUAAAAUGAUGACAUUUUUCUACAAUUUGAAGACAGUAUAAUUUAGGAAGACACUAAAGCUGUAUAAUAAAGGUUUUAAAUUACAUUGUAUAGUGAAUAAAAUUAACCUUAAAGUUAACAUGCAAAGAUGUUUGAGAUAAAUAAUUUAGCUAACACUGAGCAGCUAAAAACACUACAAACUCAAGAAAAUAACAAGAAUACUGAUUUUCCAUUAAUAAAUUCAUAAGAUUUGGAAGAAUAGGUAUUACCAAAUACUUUAUAUAAAAGCUAAGAUGUCCAUAUCUAAAAUAAAAAUACAAUCAAUUGA